AUGGAACAGGCGAGAUACCAUCGAUUAAUUACAAGCAAAACAGAAGAAAUUGUUGUUUGGCAGAACUUUCUAACCUACAACUCAAUUGUGCAGAACGAAAAAUUUUCUGUAGCUCAUUUUAUCGCCUAUUUUUUCGCACUUAAAACAUUUUGGUCUUCUAAUCUUCGAAAAACUAGAUUGUCAAGGCGGAAAAACAUAAUUUUUGAGGCCAAGCCACAACCUCUUUCCACCUACAUUGGCGCAUAUUGUGCUGCAGUCACUGCUGCGUGUUCAAUAUCAGCGGUAAUGGAUGGACAGUUCUGUUUGAAGCGUUUCGUCCCCCUUCCUGCUGUUUCAAUGGCAUCGGCUGUAAAUGUACUUUGUAUGCGAUGGAACGAACUUCGCACUGGAAUCGAAGUUUAUGAGAAAGGAGGAAAAGUAGUGGGAGUGUCGAAAGUUGCCGCCAAGCAGGCCGUUCGCGACACCACAAUUGUCAGAGCGUUCCUGCCAAUACCAAUGCUGCUGGCACCUCCCUGCAUCAUGCCAUUUCUAGAAAGAUAUAAAUGGGUUGUUGCCUCCUCUUAUCGUCAUCUUUUCGUCAAUGCCGUUGUUUGUACACUUUCGUUUGCUUUCAGUCUUCCACUAGCUCUAGCUUUAUUUCCACAGGAAAGUACUAUUCCUACUACUGCCAUGGAAGCGGAAAUCCAAGCAAAAACCAAUUCAGAUUUUCUACUUUACAACAAGGGCUUGUAA